AUACCCUCUGCAUGUUACUGUUACAGUAUCAUCCUCCAAAAAACUUCAUCCAAAACCAUGAUCAGAUCACAUUUGCGCCUUGUAAUCUUCAUUGGGCUUCUUUUUGUGAAUCUGUUGCAAUUUUCAACUGCCUCAAUCGUCUCAACCGGAGAUUUCAACAAAGAUUUCUUCGUGACAUGGUCUCCUAGCCAUGUAAACACUUCUGCUGAUGGCACAACUAGAAGCUUGACGCUUGACAAGGAUUCAGGCUCUGGAUUUGCAUCAAACGACAUGUUCCUAUUUGGUCAGAUUGAUAUGCAAAUUAAGCUAAUACCAGGCGACUCCGCAGGCACAGUCGUGGCCUUUUAUAUGACAUCGGAUCAGCCAAAUCGCGAUGAAUUAGACUUUGAAUUCCUGGGAAACGUGAACGGGCAGCCAUAUAUGCUCCAAACCAAUGUUUUUGCUGAUGGGUACGGUGACAGAGAAGAGAGAAUAUCUCUGUGGUUUGAUCCCACAACAGAGUUUCACACCUAUUCCAUACUCUGGAACCUCAACCAAAUUGUUUUCAUGGUAGAUUGGGUGCCCAUCAGAACAUGCAGAAACCAUGCAGACAAGGGGGUUGCGUAUCCAAGGCGGCAGCCGAUGAGCAUAAAAACCAGCCUGUGGAACGGUGACAGCUGGGCGACACGCGGUGGCAAAGACAAGGUGGAUUGGUCCAAGGGCCCCUUCACGGCCUCGUUCAGGAACUACAAGAUCGAUGCCUGCGUCUGGAAGGGCAAUCCGAGAUUUUGCAGGGAAGCCAGCCCUGCGAAUUGGUGGAACCAGGACACGUCCAGCUCUCUAACGUGGGCGCAGAGGAGGCUUUUCAGAUGGGUCAGGAAGAACCACCUCAUUUAUGACUAUUGCCAGGACAGCAAGAGAUUCCAAAACAACCUCCCAAAGGAGUGCUCCCUUCCAAAGUAUUGAUCAAAAAAGGGUUGAUGGCCAAUUUGUUUCCCUCUUUUUGCUUCUUCUCAUGAUCAAUUUGUGUAUAAUUUACAUUAAAUAAUAUUGAAGGGUUUUUUAAGGUAAUUUGGGUCAAAGUAUCUCUACCCUAGCUUGGAAGCAAAGGAACCUUUUGUUAUCUCUUUUUGCACAAGUUUCCAAUAU